AUGGCUGCACCCACAAUCUCUGCUGCUCAGGCUGUCGGCGAAUACUUGCAGUCUCCUGACGACCUUGCCAAGGUCGCGGCGUUCCGAAAGAAACUCGAGAAGGAGAAGGCCUCUAUCGACGCGCGACUACGGAGCGGUGUGAAAGAGCAGUUGGAUGCGACGCGGGAUGGGCUGAGGAAGCUGUUCGGAACACGAAACAAUGUGCAGAGCAUCAAGGACGAGAUGGAGACCGUGGACAGGACGUGUGGUGACCCUGCGUACGUUGUCUCGACGUUUGACCAGAUUAGUAGAGUCUCGAUGGUUCACCGUAACUUCGAGCAGACGGAGGAGAUGGUGAACAACCUCCUCGAGAUGAACUCCAAGCUCGAAAUGCUUGAGCAGAUGCUCAUCGAAGACAGCAAUGACAUCCUCGGCCCCGCUCCCAACCUCCUCCGAAUACAUUUCGCGCUCAACCGUCUUGAAGCGUUCCGUAACCAGACAAUGCACCAAGCGAAGAAGUCUUCGACCGAUACCCGCAAUACCCUCACUCGCUGGUUCGAGCGAUUGACACGUCUCAUCGAAGCCUUUGACGAGUACGUUAUGGAGCUGGCGAAAAACAUCCUUCCUAUUGUGCGAGCGGGGAACCCUGAUGUGAUCGUACGACUGUUGAAGGUUGUGGAGAUGGAGGCAAGGGAGGACGAGAAGGCGAUUGCCAUCAGGCUCGUGAAGAAGGCAGGAAAGAUAGACGCCGCGUCCAAGUUCAGGUCAAUGCAGGCCGACGCUCGCGUGAUCAAGCACUACCGCUCCAAAGUCAUGAAAUGCAUCACAGAUUCGAUUCAGGCCAAGUUCGACGAGGUCUACGCCGCGAACGAGCGCAAUGCCGCCGGCUUCCUCGACGACCUCGUCUUCAUCUACAAAGAUCUCAUCCGCAUCGAGAGCGACGUCGUCCCCUGCUUCCCUCCUUCUUACGACAUCUGGUCCACCUACGUACGUGAGUACCAUAAGGCGCUCAACAACACCCUCACGCGCCUCGUCAAGUCGGAGCCCGAGGCGAGCGUGCUCCUCACGCUGCAUGCCUGGAUCAAGGAGUACAAGAAGAGCAUGCGCGAACUCAACAUUCCGCCAGAGCUCCUCGAGCCACCCUUGCUCGAGGGUAAGGAGCAGAGCCUGAUCGAGGACUACCUCCAGCUCAUCAUCAAGAAGCUCGACGAGUGGUCCGAGAACCUCAUGCGAACCGAAGUCGCGGCCUUCACCGCCCGCGAGGAGCCGCCCGAGCUCAGCGCUGACGGCCUCUACACGACCUCGGGCACGGUCAUCUUCCUUGACAUGGUUAACCAGCAGAUCGACCUGGCACUCGACUCGGGCCAGGGUCUCGUCCUCGCGCGCGCCGUCGAGGAGGUCAACCGCGUGAUGCGCUCCAUCCAGGACCGCUGGGUGAAGCUCGUCGACACCGAGUACAAGAAGCACAUCGAGAAGCCGGAGGAGGUUCCUGGGGGGCUCGUCGAGUACUGCAUCGCGCUCGCGAACGACCAGAUCAAGUCUGCAGACUUCACGGAGGCGCUCUCCGCGCGCAUCGAGCCGCUCGUUUCGGAGAAGUACAGCGUAACGAUCCACGACCGCCUCAACGACGCGCUCGACGGCUACCUCGACGUCGCGAAGAAGUACACUCAGACGCUCAUCAACAUCAUCUUCAACGACCUCAAGCCCGCAGUCAAGCAGCUCUUCGGGCCCACGUGGUACGAGGGCACGCACGCGCAGAUUAUUGAGACUAUGCGCGAUUACAUGUCGGACUACCAGUCGUACCUCAACGAGUCCCUCUUUGAGGUCCUACUUGAGGAUUUACUCGACACCUACCUCGUCACGUACCUCACCGCCCUUGCUAAUGGUCCCAAGCUGAACAUGCCCGCUGCGACGGAGCGGAUACGGCAGGACAUCAACGACGCGUACCAGUUCUUCGGGACAUACAAGAAAAUGAAGGAGCUCGAGCCGCAGAUGGAGGUCCUCGACCAGGUACUGGCGAUGCUAGAAGCGUCCAAAAGCUUGGUCUUCCUCUCGUACUGGUCGUUCGCGAAGGUCCACGGCCCCUGCAUACAGUUUGUAGAGGCGUUGAUGAAAGCGCGGAGCGACCUAGAUCGCUCGGCGGUGAGCGAGGUCAUGGACAGCGUGAAGCGGAAAGUCAAGGAAGAGAACCUCGCGGAUCCACCGGAGCCCACAAUCAUGAAGAAGAUUGUUAUCCAAGGAGCUCUGUCACGCUUCCUCGUGCGUUCAUAG